CUCUUCCCAUAACCCUCCAUAAUACACCUUCACCGCAGUCACACUCACAAUGGCUGCCGCACCCACCCACGAGCUCAAGCUCGACCCCAAGUACGACCACUACGACUACCCCACUGUUGCCCCGGUUGCGCAGAACGGGCACCCCGGCCACACAACGCCUGAGCAAGAUGCGCAGGUCUUCCAGCUGCGGACUCAGCUCGAGCAGGCUGGCUACACCAAGAACCUCGACACGUUGACGCUAUUGCGAUUCCUCCGUGCACGCAAAUUCAAUGUCGAGCUGUCGAAGCAGAUGUUCAUCGACAGCGAGAAGUGGCGGGCAACAUAUGCUGGCAUCGGCGUUGAGGAGCUCGUCCGCACCUUCGACUACAAGGAGAAGGCGCAGGUGUUCGAGUACUACCCCCAGUACUACCACAAAACCGAUAAGGACGGCCGGCCAGUAUACAUCGAGCAGCUCGGCAAGGUCGAUCUCACUGCCCUCGGCAAGAUCACCAGCCAGGAGCGCAUGGUGCAGAACCUUGUCUGCGAAUAUGAAAAGAUGGCCGACCCUCGUCUGCCCGCCUGCUCGCGCAAGACCGGCCACCUCCUCGAGACCUCAUGCUCUAUCCUCGAUCUGAAGGGCGUCGGUAUCGCCAAGGCAACAUCCGUCUACGGCUACCUGCAGGCCGUCUCCGCCAUUUCCCAAAACUACUACCCCGAGCGCCUCGGCAAGAUGUACGUCAUCAACGCACCCUGGGGCUUCUCUGGUGUCUUCAGCGUCGUCAAGAAGUUCCUCGACCCCGUCACCAGCGCCAAGAUCCACGUCCUGGGCUCCGGAUACAAGUCAGAGCUGCUCGCACAGGUCCCGGCCGAGAACCUGCCCAAGGCUUUCGGUGGUAACUGCGACUGCCCCGGUGGCUGUGCGCUGAGUGAUGCCGGCCCAUGGCAGGACUCGCAGUGGGUCAAGGAGCCCAAGUGGGCGAAGAAGAGUGACGAUGCUAUUGACAACACUGCCCUGCCUCCUCCUACCACGGGUGGUGACGUUCCUACCACUGGCGCGCCUGUUGAUGGUCUUGAUGGAGCACCAGCUGGUGCCCCUCAACCGCACGCUUAGAAGCGUGCGUUGGGGACAAGUCGCCGCGAAGAGUAGGAGCGCGAAGUUGAGAGCGCGGAGCAGGCAGGAGCUACACAACAAAAUCAUAAAGAGCGGAGAGCGAGGCGUGCCAAGGGCAGCGUGAUGCAUGGCGUGUCAGGGCACACAUCAUCUCCAGCAGCAACACAUACUGGAUUUUUAGCCGGACUUGGUGCUUGUAUUAGCAGUGAAUAUAGCGGCGGUGACUGUGGCAGUGACUGUGGCGGUUGCUAUAGUGUGGCUACAGUGGUGGAGGCUGUGGUGCCACCUCCUGUAACUUUUGACGGGCAUAGAAAAACAUUGGGUGCCCAAAUUUGGCUGGUGGAGUGGUAUUAGAGCGGCAUAGAUGCAGGGCUUCCGUCUCCCUAGAAUCCUG